CACCGCAAAGAUCGCAAACUAGUUGUCACUUUAGCUAUAACCUUCAUUACCUCCACCCAGCAUUACGAACAAAAGCUCGUUCAUCAAGAAACCGAUGUGAUCGCCCUUAAUAUGUCAUGUCGGUCAGCAAAGAUAAAUAAUCCAUGCUUGUAGGGUCGGAGCGCUUUUUCUAACAGCGGAUAUUCCGUUCAUCAGCGGUCACCAGCAGGCGACCAGCGCGGCAAAGCCCCUGCGGGUUACCUUUGGCGAACCGUGCAGACCGUGUACUAUCACGCCAAGCUGCCGUCGACAACAAUCAUUACACGGGCCGAUAAAAACAUCGUAUAUUGCAACAACUACAGUUCUCCACGGACAAGGCAAACCAAUGCACAAGAUAUGGAGCCUCAUCAGCAUGGUCUGAUAAAACAAAGAAUAGAUUCUGAAGAUCUGUCAGAUAUUUACUCUGCAAGUGAGAGGAAGAAAGGCUCCAGAGCACCAUGGACUUCUCAGGACAUGAUAUCUGCAAUGUUACUUGUGAAACAAGGAAUGUCAAUAACAAAGGCAGCCCAGAGUUUGAAUAUUCCAAGAACAACCUUGAGGGACAGGGUUACAGGGAAAGUAAGAAGUGCAAAAAGAGCAGUUACCACCUCAGCUUUAAGUGCUCAGGAUGAAAGGGCGCUGAUAGACUACUACAAAAUCAUGAGAAAGCAAGGAUAUGGAAAAGCCAAAGAUAUGAUCAUGUACAUGGCAGGAAAGACGGUGAAGAAGAAUGGAAACGUUUCAGGGGAACCUUUUCCUAGUACAAAGUGGUGGCAGUCGUUUUGUGCAAGACACAAUCAACCGUUAGCAAAUGAAUCAGAGGAAUUUUACGGAAUGCAAAAACAACGAGUGAGGGAUAUGUUGCUUAGUAAUUGCACGCAACAACUGUUUGAUGGGUUAACAUCGAAUAAAUAUGGUAUAAAUUUUCUUGAACAUUCUGAAUUGAUUUUCAGUUGUAACGAGAGUUCUUUUGACUUAAAUGAUAUGGCAAAACGGUUUAAUCAGUAUAAAUCGGAAAUGGGGAAAACUGGCCAAGAAGCUUGUGAAGAAAUGAAUACUGAUGCAGGAGAUCAUGCAGUCUCGCGAGUUGAUGGUAAAAUUUCAGUAUCUUUAGAUAACGACACGAGAAUGUCAAAACCACGUGAAGUCUCGGUGAUUACUUGUGUGAAUGCACUAGGCCAAUCUCUUCCACCUUUGUUUAUCCACAUGUCAGACAAUCGGGACACGCCCAGGGGAAACUUCGAGAAGUAUGCUCAAGAUCGACUUGAUGAUGAUUUUUUCCUCGUAUGGUUUCAUGACAUCUUUCUGCAGAAUCUCGCGAGACGCGGGCCUUGUAUUCUAAUAUACGAUGGCCAAAAUUGCUUAGUAACGCGAGAAAUGUUAAUGGCUGCCUCUGUAAAUGACGUCAUAAUGUUUUGUAUCCCAGCCGUUUUAUCUCAAGAGCUCCAGCCUAUGGAUCUUUCACUUGACGGGGUUUUUAGUGAAACUUGGAAGAAUGUCGCUGUUAACCAUGAGCCUCAUAAUACUUUUAUUACUAAUCAAGCUUUCACAGAAAUCUUUAAAGAGUUCUGGGGUAAUGUCUCAAGUGAAGUUGUUGUCACCGAUCGAUUCAAAUCUGUUGGAAUCUUUCCGUUUUCUCGCCAGAAUAUCACCACAGCAAAUUUAAACACAGUCUUUGAAGGUGAUGACUUCGGCCCUGAAAGACUGAACCCAAUUUUAGGCCCUGAUCCGGAUUUAAACUUGCAGGGAAGAAGAAAAGAUAGCUUAGUGAAUAUAGCGAUGAAAAACCCGCGAAGUAAUCUUGGGAAUUUCGACAAGCAUGUGGACGGAAAUCAGAAUUUCGUGCGGCCGAGCGGUAGGAUAACAAGGCCAACGAUGAGCAUUUUGAAUCAGCCUCUUAAUGAUCCUCCAAUCAUCACACAGAUGAUGAACGAUGAGGAUGAAUUCCGGGAAGAUUUCCCAGAAAUUUCGAAUUCCACUGAUGAGUUCUCCUCCUGUAGCGACGAGGGAAGCUCAAGUAUGGUUGCCCUGAGUUCAAGUGUCACAAGCCUGCCGAAUUCAGGACCUCAAAAAGGUUCUUGUGACAGUUUACCCGGGGUAUCAAUGGAACAUGUGAUCUCCCCAACAAUGGCGCCGCAGAAACGACUUCAUAUGCCCAAAGUAACGGAGGUCAAUUUAUACGACAGACACUUACUAUCGCCCCCUGCCUCUGUAAGGAAUCCUAUGGCUCAGUUUCAACGAGUUAUUCACACUGGGCCGGGUACUCUAUCGCGUAAACGACCGAGUCCAUAUGCUGAGAGCAGGCCAAGCGCACCAAAGGCUUACCCAUUGUCAGGAGUGUCAUUACGGUAUUCAUCGCCUGAUAUUCGUUCGGAUGCAUUCAUCCGCGGUCAGUCCAACAUUGCAGAACUUCGUGCCUUGGAAGAGGUGCUUGAUCCAGUUAGGAAAGCCAAGUUUCAAAAGGCUUUUGACGACGGUCUGGAUGUCACAGAAGACUUCGAUCCGCUGUUUCAGUUAUGGAAGUCUGUAAAGCUUAGGUUUAUUCAAAACCCAGGGCGGGUUGAGCAUAACCCACAUGCCUGCCAGAUUAAUCAAGUUUCGCCAAGCAUAAUCGAAAUAGCCCCAAAGACGACUGGCUCUGCAACUUCGGCUGAUACUCGACUAACUUCGCACCAGACUAACUCCAGUUGCCAGUGCAGUGAAAACUUUCGAACGAUAUUAACGCCGGCGGGAAAUCUCUCCGUUAACAGAAACGCAACUGUGAUUGUCAUAAUGCCAGAGAAACAGGGUGCUCAAGAGGAAACAGCCACUGGUGAAAGUGCCAAUGGAAGGGACCAGGGUAGUUGUAGCACCUCUGUGUAGCAUGAAUGUUAAUUAGGAAAUUCAUAAUUUAUUAGAGGUAGAAAAUUUUAUAAACAGGAUUUAUAAUCUUUCCAUAUUUCACCGUAUCUGCAAAGUUGUAGGAUGCGGAUAUUUGUGAAGAAAAUUACGUUUAUUGUUAGUAUUAUCAUGUCUCAAGCACCCAGUGCAUUAGCGAUUGCCUGAGGAUACUUAAGAAAUUGAAAUUGUAAUCUUUUAGCAAGUAUAUAUGCUCGCUGUCAAGUUAGAAUAUAAAUAGUUGUCUCGAUAAGUUAUCAGAAACUUUGAUCGUUCCGUUACAAUUUCAAUUCUCCCCCGUUUUGUAUCUCAAUUUGACCGUUUAUCGCUCCCUCUUCACCCUUUUAUCACAACCACUCAACCCUUUUUUUAAGAAGUCACAACCACUUUAAAGUGCCCCUUUCUUGCCUCAUGUUUUUUUCAAAACUCGCUUUUUUUUUAGUUAUGGUAUUUGUGUACCAGUAUUUUAUGACUUUUAUUGAGAAAUUGUGUAUUUAUGUUCGAAUUUUGUUUGAAAGUUAAGAGGUGACUGAAAAUUCACGUUGUGGUAACUUUUGUAAUCAAUGCUUUGACAAAACUUUCAAGAACUUUGACGUUUACCCGGGACCGUUUAGAUAGAUGACCCUCUAAGGGUAAGAUGUUAUGACCAUAAAGGGGUAGAAUAUGACGGUCCUAUUAGGGUUUGAGAUGAAUGGCUGGUUGUUUAGGUUAAGGAGUGGGGAUUAUAGGGACAACCCUUUGCGAGCAAGGGUGGCAUGAUUCUCGUGGAUAUAUUGUGGGGUAUGGCAAUGAUGAAAAGCUAGGGGACAUUGUGGUUCUGACAUUACUGUCAUUAAAAUGUGUCAAUUGCAGGGGUUUCAAAUUUUGUAAUAGCUGAAGAUAACUAUGUCAAAACUAAAGCUUAAUUACACGACAAAUGUAAUAUACUUUUAAAAUAUUGACUUAAUUAGUUGUUCGUAGAGGCUCUCCUCUUUUGCUUUUGCCCUACUUUUUGGUAUCACAGCUUCCUUUCAGCUGAAGUACUAUUUAUUUACCUACCAUUUGGCUCCAAUGGUACGUAAGUCUUUUAUGACGUCAUAAGUGAUAUUUCUUCGAGAACCUGGCUCUCAGUCGUUUCCUCAAGCACUUUUGAUAAUGUAAGGAAGAUAAAAAAAGUUUGCGUGUCGAGACCUGAAUGCUUAACAUGUAAAAGUAAAAGUGUUAACAUCCUAACAUUUUGACUACACAGCGGUCUUGGGAUUGGUCUAGCGGUGUAACCAAAAGAUGUCUCUUUUUUAUAACUAUACAUACACAAUCACAUAGUCCGCUCCAAAAGAUACCUCUUAUAAGGAAAAUUAGACCUAUUGGUCUACUAACAACACUUUCAAAAUUAUUUGAAAAAACAAUAGAGCUCCAACUCUCGCCCUUUCUUAAAAAAAAAGUCUCAAAUUUGUUGUGCCAUUAGAAAAAGCUUUUUUUCGAAGUAUGCUCUUUUUUAGACUUUUUAAUGACUAGAAAAAGGCUAGAAAGCAGAAAAUACAUCGAUGCUAUUCCUAUGGACUUAUAGAAAUCUUUGACUGUCUACCUAAAAGUCUUCUUUUUGCAAAACUACUUGCUUACAGAGUAGAAAGAAGUUCUCUAUUGCUUAUACAAAACUAAGUCACCGGCAGAAAGCAAAAAGUCGUAGUUAAAAGACAACUGCACCUGGGGUAGGCUUGGACAAGGAGUACCGCAAGGGUCGCUACUUGGUUCCCUGCUCUAAUACACUUAUAAUUAUAUUUUUUACUACCUUGAUAAUGGAUCACUGUGCAAUUUUGCCGUUGACAACACACUUUCUGUCAUUGCAACGAAUGCUGAUGAACUGGUACAACUUAUAGGCCCUUAAAAAGUUAAACACCAAUAAAUGCCUAGGACUAAACGCAUAGAUAAACGGGGAGUAAACACAGGAAAACGGGAUAAGGUUCGCGCGUAUUCAAAAUGUGGAGUUCCUCUGUGGCCCCUAAUUAAAAUGACUAAACAUUGGCAUUGAUGAGCAGUUGAUUGAUAUAGCCAGAAAUGGGUAUAAGAAUCAGCUGUUCAACAGGACCUCCGAGAAGUGGGGGCCGGGGGGCCAUGAUCCCCUCACUUUUCUGCAAAACAAUAUACGUUUUUACACAAACUUUUUUGUUAUAGGUGUUAAAUUUUCUCUUGCCCCUCCCCACUUUCCAACCUGUCUCGGAGCCCAUGUAUAAGGGAGUUUAGAAACUACUUUAAAAAAUGAUGACACUGAAAAUUCUUAAGCACACGCCUUAGUUCAAUUAACUUCGCUUCCUUAGGGCCAUAAAUUUUAGUUAAAAUAUUUAUGGUCCAAUAUGGAACAAAGUGUGACAAAAAACUCAAUCCAUUGACUUUCGAUCCAAUUUUAUUGACUGUUUCAAGAGGUCUAAGUUUGUUAAAUAUAUUCCCAUGUAGCAUGUACUUCAAUUUCAAUCUUAACUAUACAUUUGAUUUUCAUAUGAUGUUCAGUUGUGUGCAUAUAUGUGUAACGUUUUGUUGUGCACUAGGUUUCAUAAAAGUGAAUGCAAUACAAAUAUUUUGCCUUGCAAUAUAUACCUUCUUCACCUUGAAAGGAAAUAAAGCUUACUUCAAUUCAAUAAAAAAAUUAUAGCUAAUUUGUUCUGGACAUGCAUUUCGUUAGCAAUCAGUAACAUAACUUCACAAUGUUUUGACUCCACUAUGAAUGGACCCCAGCCUUCUUUUCCUAAGAGAAUCCUGAUUGCUUGCGGCGCCACAGUGCGCAUACAUGAAGGUAUGAAUAUGCCAGGCCACAAGAAAUCUUCCAAAUAUUGAACCACUCGAAUGCAGUAAAACCAUGAAUUGCCUAUGGAACCGUAUGUGUAUCUGCACACAGGUAAACAUGCUUUAUAAAAAUUAUUAUCUUUAGUACAUCGAUGCAUAAUUCUAACACACCAUAAGUUAAAAUGUGAGUUUAUAAUUCAAUUAUGUAUCUGAUAUAAAUCUUAAACAUAGUACUUUCGAAUAUCUAAAAUACAAUUUUCUAAUUGUUAUUUAUUAAAUUUUAAGCUUUCACUCGAGCUAGAUGUUGGUGCUAAGAUCUUUUAUUGAAAUUCUCCUAGUUUACUUUUGCUUUCACUUCAGUUCCUUCGUUUUUUCACAGGCUAUGCUUCGACUUCAAAGAUCGUUCGAUCAAAGCGUUGUGUUCAUUUGAAAAGGAUAUUAGAGCCAAAAUAGUUACCACAAUGGAUUUUGGUAUCUUAGCUUGACAAAUAUCAAGAUAAAGCGGUUGAAGGUUAGUUUGCACAACCGACAGGAAUGCUGGAUCUCUUUUUUAAUGUUUUACUAAGGACGUAUUUCUGUUCGAAGCGGGACUCAUUUCAAGACCAGAGCUCUGUCUUAUACUUAUCCAGCUCUAUCGUCAUAUGCUUUUGCAUUGAGGCUUAUUUCUACAUUGCUAACGAUCUGUAUGCUUCAGAGGUUCAAUAAAAUAUUAUUAUUCAAGAACUACGGAGUACGAGCACAUUAACGAUUGAGGAGUGGUAAAAGCUUUUGAUAUUCUAAAACUAGGGGCUAAAAUGUUUGGGCAGUAGCUAAAAAUAUCUUUUGAGAAUAUAUAAGGGCUGAAGCCCUCACAGUCCCCUUCUUUAUUCCGAGACGACUGUUUAUAUUUUAAUGACGACCAGUAUCCGGAUUAGGCACAAAUAGGGCCUGAUGCUGCAGCAAAAAAGUUUUUUAUUGGGCCUAUUCAGCUCCAGGAAAAUUCUCGUCUGUUUUCAUCCGGGCCCCUUUCAGGGAUGGGCCUAACGCUGCAGCACCAAUAGCACCCAUCUUAGUCCGGCCCUGAAUUGACGAGGGCAAUGAACUAAAAUUCAAUAAUGUGGUAGCUUUAAACUUUCGCCUUUAAUUAACUAAUUUAAUGCAAAUUAUUAAAAACUAGACGUCUAUUUUAUGCGUGAAAACAAAAUAAUUACAUUAUAUAUACGUAUGCACAAAGAAAGAGUUCUAAGGAUUUUGUUAAAAAAUUUGGAUGUAUAGGGGACUCGUCAUUAUUGUCCUAUGUUGAUCCAAAGGGGGCAUUUAAAAUGAGACUGAUAAUGGCUUUGUGCUUGAUCUAGAAGCUCUUAUGUAUUUUGUCUGUAGAACUAAAUUAUCAGAUAUAACUGUGAGAAUAUAUUUUUGGAUCGUUCAAUGUUCAUAUCGUGAAUAUAUGUAAACUGACAGGGUGCAUUAGGAAACAGGGCUAAGGUAAGUUCUGAUUUUGGAAAGUGAACAUUCUUGAUAAAAUAAAGCAUCUUGGAUGUUAACAAAAAGAUACUUCUUGAACCGAUAUCACAAAAUGAAAAUUAGAUCAAAUUGAAAACACCUGUAGCACUUUCUACUAACACUUUGAAUGAUUCCUAUUCCAAAAUGAAUAGCUUGGGGGUAUCUGAAUUCGCAGUCAUGGAUGGGGAAGAAUUUAUCUUAUGCGAGGAAAAUUCUGGUUAAGUGGAUGUUUAAGCCGAAUAAACUCUAAAUAUAAGUUAACUCCACGCUAAAAAUGCUCUACUUUGAAUAACAGCUUCGAAUUUUAGAAACACGUGGUCUAUUUAUUAUCAAACUUCUUCCUUAAUUGGGCAACAGACGAGGAGGAGGAUUUUUCGGCUGCCUCAUUUUCAGUUUUCUUUGGUGGCAUUGUAUCCUUCCUUUUAAACGCAGUUCUCGAAGAAAUCUUGCCACUUCUUCGCAAAGGAGCACCUUGAACGAAUUCUGCUGUCUCUUGUUUCUCAUAUUGCUGCUUCAAGUUCCUUACUGAGGGGCUCUUUGGGUUUGUGUCUUGAUCUAAAGACUUUUUCUUGUCAUCGACAUCUUUCGUCUUUACUUUACUUUGGGUUUUCGUAACAACUUUGGUUGUUUGUUUAUUUUCAGUUUUUGUCUUUGAGUCUUUAAGGCCAGCCGAUUUUGUCUUAGGCUUUGUGUCUUCUGAACUUUUUGCUUUUUCACUAUCUGUCUUCGCUUUAACAGUCCCGCCUGUAGAAAACUUUUUUGAUGAAGCGCCACUAGUGUCCUCUUUCUUCUUUUGUGAUGAUUUAGAACUAUUUCUACUAAACCAAGAUAUUGUCCUUUUCCGUGUUUGUUUUAAGCUUUCUUUCGAGCCUGUAUUAGGUUCCUUUUCUAAUGCAGAUGCCCCUUUUACAACACCUGUACUCCUACGUUCACCUGAUUUGCUAUUUUCCGAAUAUUUUCCAUCGUCAAGAAUUUGUGGUUCAGAAUUUCCAUUUUUUUUCGCUACUUGCUUACUUUUUCCCUUUAUUCUCUCUUUCUUCGUAAUUGAUGAUUUGGAAGUUUCUCUGUCUCUUUUUUAGUCCCAGCAUUUGCUAAAGCAUUCCCUCUUACUACCUGCGAAUUCGGUGAUUUAUCAAGCGGCCCUCUAUCUUUAGAUGCUGUCUUCCCAUAUGGACUGUUCUUCGGAUAGGUAACUUUAGCUUGCAAUCGAUUUCUCCCCUUCGGCUCCGUAGUAUCCUUCUUCAAACCGCCUUUGCUCAUUCCGGCACCAGUAACACUUCUUGGGCUAUCAACCACGGAAGAAGCAGAAGAAUUAGGCGUACUUGACCGGACGCUAUUCUGUCGCUCAUUGGAUCCAGGCCUAGAACCAACCUUUUUUGAAACAGCCAUCUCAUAAACAGAAGAUGAAGUAGGUUCUUUUGUUUUAUCAAACUUCAAAGACAUAUAAGUGCUGUUUUUCGAAUUCAUAUCGGUGUCCUCGUUUCCAGGCCUCUUGCCAUUGACUUUCAGCCUUGCAACACCGUAACUUGAAGCGUCACUGUUUUUCUUGUUCGUCUUGGGUCUCCAGCCCUCUGUUAUAUAAUUUUUAAGUUUUACAACAUUAAGUCGACAGUUUUUACCCUUCAAUAAACCAUUUAUCAUUUCCUCAUCCACCACAAGGUCCCACAGCAAAUCUCCAUUCACUUGAUUGUUUUUACAAAAUCUUGCAAAAUCAUGCAUGCCUAGGCCAGUAAGAUGGCUUUCAACUUCGGCCUCUGUCCAGUUCUGUGCCUCGAGGUCGUCACACUUAAAUUCACAUUUUUGUUUGCACUGCUCACUCUCCGGUCGCCAGCCGAACACGUAUUUUCUCAGCUUUCUCGCCUCGAAAGGAGUUAGGCCCAUGUCCUUGAAAACAGCCUCAUCAAGGUCGGCUAGCAGUUUUCCAUCGAUUUGAUUCUCUUUAAAUUUCUUCUUGUGCUUCUCAAGUUUUAUAGUGCUCAAUAUUACACCUACAUUUUCAACACCACUUGUCAAUAAUUCCAAUUGGCUUUUCUUCAUAUUGUCGUAGAACUUGCGAAAGUUGUCUCUUUCGUGAGUAGAAGAUCCCUGUUCCAAUUUAACCCUCGAUUGAACGGCUUUAGAACUACGAAGCUUAUUCGAGAAUGUAUGCCUGCGUUCAAGUGGAUGGUUUUCUGGCAGCGGUGGCGGUGACGCAGCUGAUCGUACCCUCGUUAACGAGCGUUUCCUUGGAGCAGAUGAUUUCGUUGCACCGAGCGUCCUUCGAACACCGUCGAUAAUAUCCAUCGAAACAUAGGUAUCGCCUGGUAUUUCUUCGUAAAUCCCGCUAUCUCCACCAUCAGAUAAAGCGCCGUUUUCUCUCACCACAACUAUUUCAGGCCUACUUUGCUUCAGUUUCAAAUUCUCUGAUUUGGAACCGCGUAAUUUUGACUUGACUCUUGAAAGAAAUCCUGUACUUUUUCUUUUGGGAUCGUUUCUUUGAAUAGGCACCUCGUAAUGGUUGCUAUCUUGAUUGAUUUUUGACAAUCCACCAGUUUCUUCGCUGUCCGACAAAUUUUUCGCACCUUCUUUUUGUAACGGCAACUCAGACGCUUUGUCUAUGGCAUCGUAGGGCGCAAAGCAGACGUAACCACCUUCACCGAGAACUUCUCCUUAGACAUAUAGUCGCGAAACGAAUCCAAAUCGAUAAGUUCCGAUCUUGGAUCGAAAGACUGUCCUUGGUUUCUUCGGGCAUUCGCCAUCGGUCGCACUUUUAUGUCGAAAGUUAAAGGAAAAGCAGUGGCGUAAGUCUUGCCUUCGAACUUUGUAGUCGCAAACACCAGAGUUUCGCUGACGCACUCAUGAAGCUCGAUAACUCCAACGGUUUCGCUUACUGUAUUCUUCUUACUUUUAUCAACAAAUUUAACUAGCAAAGGCAGUUCCUUACUGCAGAGAUCACUUAGCGAAUAUUCUUGAUCGCUCUCAGCACAUGCGCAAUAUUCUCCGCCAAAGUCAAUCGGCAUUCGAAUAUGUUUUCCCCGUUGAUUUCGAAAAUGAAGAAAAGUAGGCCCGUUUGGGCCACGUUCAGAUAGCAAUAUCUUCAGUCUGUCGCCGUUUUUUACAAGAUUUGAAUCCUUCCGCCCUUUUGAUACAACCUCGACGUAUUUUGGCCGCGGAUUGGCUAUUGAAAGCUCACGAAUACCCUUGUAUUUUGUACCGUCUUGCUGCGAAACAAGCUUGAUUUUGAAAGGACACUUAAUUGGAAUGUUAAUGACCUUGCCAUCAGAGCCUGUUCCUUUAAAAUGUGUCACAUCCUCUUGGCUUUGAAUCGUAAUCAGCUGUCCACUGGCUAAGCUCUCGGUUUCAUUCAACAUGUAACCUUCAUCGACCAUAACAAGAAGUGGCAAGGAAAAAUUAUCGAAGAUUUCUUUCAGGGGGUAGCACAACUCACUCCAUUCGGCAAUUUUCGCUUCAUCCAUUCUUAUUAAGUUUCCUUGUGAUGAAAUGAAAGUUUUUCGAUGUUUUGUUUUUCUGCAGCUCCUAAAAACAGAGUCAAACACAGAUACUUCAAAAACUUAUUAAAGCAAAAUUAUACGGGUCUGGCUUUUGUUUUCAUUCUUGCAAGUGAUGAUUAUUUUUGAUAAUUAUAACUUAAUUAAUGAUAAUUUUUUUUGAUAAUGUACAAUAAAUGCGCAUGAACAAGACUCAAGAUGUUAUCAAGUUCUAUUGCAUCAAACAUAGUGAACACACGAUAUAUAUAUUUGUAUUACUUGAUGUAAGAAUCAUCCAAUUCAUACGUUGUUCUUCACGUCUUUCUAAAGUUCUCACAGGCAGCAUUAAUACUUUUCCCACGCAAUAUUACAGCAUCAGUUCAACCAAAGUAUUGUAUUUCCUCUUUCCAAAAUAGUCCUAAAUUAUCACUGCCAUCGUUAAGAACAGUUGGGAAAUAUAACGUUGUGUCAUCAAAGGCCAAUUCAUUCUGGAACGACCUUGUUAAAUUGCGGUUACAUGCUGUCUUUGUAUAAAACCGAAACGGGAAAGGAAAAGAUAUCUUAGUCAUUAUUAAUAUCUCUGAGGCGAGAUAAGCUCAUUACAUCAUAAAUACAUUGCUGUAAGCUUGGUGUUCUGGCCAAACUCAAAUGAGAUCUUGUAGACAUAUUGAUAGAAUGUAAAGCUUGUUUGUGACCAGCCUUUGCUUUAUCGAAUUUUAGGCCUUAAGGAACUGUCCAAUAAAAACCUUCUUUUUUAAAUUCUGUAUUCUUAUUUUUUUGCCAUCAUUGCCAAUUAUUGACAAAUGUUAUCUAUAUUUGUAUCUAUAUUCAAAUUAUAUUUAAAGUUAAUUGUAUUAUGUUACCACCUUAAGUUAUCUCGUCAACGUAAGAUUUUUAAUCGGGUAUAAAAAUUAUCAAACAUCGCCUCAUCAAUAAGGACAUUGCUAUAUUAGAAGUUUGAUGAUUCAAGGUAAGACAUGUUAGCUGUUACUGCGAGUUUCAUUCUUGCACACUCAUCGUGCUAAGAGACUGAGGAUAAGCUUGUUAUAGAUAAGGACAACGCAUAUAAAUAAGGAGUUGAUUUUUUGAAGAAAAUUUUGUUAAGUAUCUGCUAAAAGCCAUUCGUGACAGCUUUAUCCCGUAAUCAUCUGACUCUAUCCAGAAUUAGGAGUGCAUCUGGUGGACUUGUGGAUGGUAAGAGAAUUCAUUUUCAAGUUGUAUCUCAAAAGUUUCACAUCAUUUCCUUCACGAAGCAAUUUUAUGUACAGUUGUCAUUGAACAAGUAACGCUGAAGACCACUACAAAAAUAUUUAUGAUAUUUAUAAACUGCGAUGCCAAAAUUAAGAUCUCAAAUAUUUUUAUAUAUUCCACUUGAAAAUUUUCACUUACCAGCUUCUGCGUUUGAAAGUGAAUCGCUACUUUCUGCUUGCGUCUGCGUGAGAGUACAAUUUUCAUGUGAAAUUCUUUAGUUCAUUUUCUUAGGCCACUGAAAUCGGUGGUACGGCUUUUGUCAUUGUUUUAGUCAACGAUGGAAAACCUUUAACACCUAACUUCAUAGAGGAAUUCAAUAAAAACUUUACUUUCAGAUUACAGUAUUGUUUGUUGUCAUUGAAGAUUAAAUCGCCAU